CAGCCUUUUAUAUUUUUAGUGGCCGUUUUCUACAAUAUAUCGUGUUAUAAAACUUUUUAUAUUCUUGUUGUCUUUUAGGUGGAAUCGAAAACAAUUGUAGAUUUCCCGUACAAGAAACUAUGUUUCUAGGUACGGUAUUUACUGAGGCAUGUGAAACCGCAAGUUAUAAAAAAUGACAUACGCAGCGAAUCAAUGCCAAACUUUUUAAACCAUGUUCUCUCUUGAGUAGUUUGACAAUACCGUUAUUUACUCCCACCAUAACAGAAGAAUUAUCUGUACCAAUUCCUGUCUUAUUAGUGAUCAGGAUGCUAAGAUCUAAGAAAGGAAUUAACAAGAACAGCAGCCAGAUUUUUUGCAUCUGCAGUUUCUACUAAAGCGAGCUUUUUUAUUGGAGAGGGGGCAAACGGGCAUGCAGCUCACCUGAUGGUAAAUGACUACCGCCGCUCAUGAACAACUGUAACAUCAGGGGGUAUUGCAGAUGCGUUGCCGGCCUUUUAAAAAGGAGUAGGUUCUUUUCUUGAAGGCCCCUAAGUCGUAUCGGUCUGGAAAAAUAGCUGGUGGUAAUCGAUUCCACAAGGAAGUUGUGCGAGGGAGAAAACUUCUUCUAAAUCCCACAGUGGUGGACCGCCAAUCAUCCAGAUGGUAUGCAUGGUAUCGCGAGUUUUAUCGCGAUGUGCGAUGGUGAAAUUAAGUGGCUGGAAUUAGUCCGAACAAUUCCUCAUAGCACUCCCCGUGAUAGAUACGAUAAAAUACGCAAAGAGAUGCAACGUCUCUACGCAGUGCCAGUGAAUCAAACUUGAGAUAUGCUGAUCCAAUGGAUUGGUGUUUACACUGUAGUACUGUAUAAUGAUUCCCAGUGUUAUGAAACUGAAUCAUGCGUGAAUUCAUCUAUAAGUACACCGUAUUUUUAGUUAAAUAAAUCUUCAAUCAAUGAUUGCGUAAAAUAUAGAGCUAAGAUUUCGGUUAUAAUGUUAAUACACUUUGUAAGAUGUAAGUGCAUGUUUUAGCAUCCUCAUCACUGGAAAACACCUUUUUACACAAUACGCUUAAAUGAUCAACAGUUAAAAUUGAACAUUGUAUGGCAAUAAAUAAAGGGAAAUCUCCUUCCACUCUGAUUGAUAUUCUAGUCAUAGUUUUCAGAACAAUUUGCGCAGGUUAGAUGUCUUUUUAAAUCCAUUUUUUCGUUUAUGCUUGUUAGUUUUCGAAUAAUUUCUAAUGUCACUCUUAGGCUAAGAUCUAUAAAUCGUACUUGGACUUUGCUCAGACUUAGCUUACGAAAAACUUAGCUGAGUAAUGCUUAGCAUUAUCUUGGAUUCCGAAUUUAUAGUUGUAUCAGGUUAAGAUUGUGCUAAGCUUAUGCUAAGGCUCAGACUGUCAAAAAAUUAAUGGAUGAUUUAUUCUGCGCAUUAUCUUAUUGAUUUUAGUGAAUAAAAACAAUAUAUAUAUAUUUAAAAAUCGAAAAUAGUCCAAAUUGUAUUUCAUAAAUAAGUUUUUAUUACAUGAAGUAGAAAACAGGCGAAUUUAAAGAGAGAUAAAAGUACAUUUAACUCAUUUUAGUAAAAAAGUAUGAGAUAGAAACGGAACGUUUGAUCACCCGCUCGCGCGCGCUGUCAAAUCACUGUUUCUAUUUUCUAACGUGAAGCUUUUGGUUUAUUGAUAUUGUGUGCAUUUUAAGUUUUUAUAUAUAUUUUAAUCUCCUGAUCUUUUUAUUACGACUGGCUUUGGAACUUGGACUCCCGAUUCUGCCUACCUAUUCGACCUACGCUUCAGAAAUUUGGACCCGACAAUCUUUGGACUUUUCUGUGAUAUAAUGGACAAUAAAGAUAGAGUUCUAUCUACUUUAGAAAAUAUAGAUAGAUUGGGAACUUCAGUAGAUAUAAAUUUUCGGCGCAUGCCUAAAUUCUAUGUUCGGAAUGAAUACAACCAAAACCCUUUCAAGCUGUAUGACGAAAAUGAAUUUAAAAGAAGAUACCGUUUCACUAAACUCACUGUUUUAAAUGUAAAAUUACCUUUAAUAAUUGCCAAUUUGAAGCAUUUGGACAAUAGAGGCUUGCCGAUUUCUCCAAAACUGCAAUUACUUAUUGUAUUAAGGUUUUAUGCUACAGGACGUUUCCAGAUGGUGUGUGGUGAUUUGACUGGCAUAAGCCAAUCCACAGUAUGUCUUAUAAUAAAUAAUGUAUCAAGACAAUUGAGCAAUUUAUUACCAAGGUAUAUACAUUUUCCAAGAAAUAUAAAUGUGGUAAAAAGAAAAUUUGAAGAACUGGGAAGAUCCAGUAUUCAGCAUGGAUUAAACAACAUUAUUGGCGCUAUUGACUGCACGCAUAUUAAAAUAAAUAGACCCAGAGGUAUCUCCCAUUCUGAAAUAUACCGAAAUCGUAAAGGAUAUUUCUCUAUUAAUGUACAAGCUAUUGUAGGCCCAAACAUAGAAAUUUUUGAUAUAGUAACCCGCUGGCCUGGCAGUUCACAUGAUAUCAGAAUAUUUAGAAACUCUCAAGCUUACGCUAGAUUCCUAAGUGGGAAUUUGCAAGGAGUUUUAGUAGGUGACAGUGGUUAUCCCUCUCUUCCUUUCGUUUUAACACCUCUUAUAACUCCAGUAACAAGAACAGAAAACCAAUACAAUUAUGUUUAAAUAAGAACCCGUAAUAUAGUUGAGAGGUUUUUUGGAGUAUGGGAAAAGAAAUUUCCAUACUUACAGUUGGGCCUACGUUCUAAGCUCACUAAUACAAGCAACAUAAUUGUAGCUUGUGCAGUAUUGCACAACAUAGGUAUACAGAGUGGGGCUGCUUAUGACGAUGGUGAUAAUGAUCAUAUACCGGAAGUUCCAGAAAGACCAAACAAUGAAACAUCAUCCACUGCAGGUCUAGCAUAUCGGCAGUCUGUAAUAGCACAAUUUAUUUUUAUUUUUAUUAAAUAAUUAAGAAAUAGU